AUGGUUGAUCCUAGUGAACAUGUAUCUCAAACAAUAAAACGUGAAUUUCAAGAAGAAGCACUGCUAGAUACUACUGAGAAACAUUAUGUAGAUCAAUUAUUUUCUAAUGGAUAUAAAUUAUUUGAAUCAUAUGCUGAUGAUCCAAGAAAUACAGAUAAUGCUUGGAUGGAAACAGUUGCUAUAAAUUAUCACGAUGAAACAGGUGAAUUAACUAAGCAUAUUCAUUUAAAUGCAGGUGAUGAUGCCGCGAAAGUUAUGUGGUGUCCUAUCGAUCACAAUCUUGUAUUAUAUGGCAGCCAUAAAGAAAUUCUUAAUACAGCUGUUGAUAGACUUGGCGCAUAUUGGUGA